AUGAAAGAUAAUAAAAUGAGUAAAAAUAAUAUAUUUAUAUAUAAUGAAAAAGUUAAAGAAUUAUUGUAUGAACUUAUUUUGUUAACUAAUAAGCUGUCGAUAUAUAGAAAGAAAUAUAUUAAAUAUAUAAGAAGAAAGAUUGAUUAUGAUAAAUAUAAAUAUAAAUCUAAAUUUAAUAAUAAUGAUGAUAAUUAUGCAUUUUUAUUAUUUAAGAAUUUUAAUUAUCAUAACGAAUUUUUAAUACAUAAAUAUGUAAAAUUUAAAGAAGGGAAAAGGAGGUAUAUUUCAAAUGGGAAGUAUAAAAAAGAAUUCAAUUCUUCUUAUGAUAUCCUUGAAUAUUAUGAUAAGUUUAUAAAUAACUUAUUAUAUUUAUGUAAUAAUCAUACAGAUAUAUAUAUCGAAUUUUUAUAUGUUUUAUUAAUAAACAGUCAAUUAUUUAAUCGUUUUCUUUUUUUAAGUACAUACAUAUCCGGGGAUAAAAAAGACCAAUUCCUUUAUUUAAUAUAUAAUCAUUUUUUAAUAUUGGUAGAAUAUUAUCAUUAUUAUAAAAACUCUUCUUAUUACGAUGAUCUAUAUAACAACUUGAAAAAUACUUAUGACAAGAUACAAACCAAGCAUAACGAUAAGGAACAUUACAUUGAAAUAAAAAAUAAAAAUCAGAAUCAUAAAAGAGGGAACCACAAUAAUUUAAGUUGUAACACGGGUUUAGAAACAAAUUCAGUAUCACCUAUACAAAAUUUUAAAAAAGAUCCAAAUACACAUACAUAUAAAAAUUUUUACAAAAAAGAAAGAGUAAAAUUUCUUUAUAAUUACUCAAACAAAAGAAAUGAAAAUUUUUUUACGAUUAAUAAUUGUAACUCUUCUAGUAACGAGUGUAAUCAAUCCUUCUCAGAAUAUGAACCAUUAAACAAGGAAGCACAUGAAAAAUCUAUAUUUUUUAAUAAGGAAGAAAAUGUUUAUUAUGUAGAUGAUGAUAAAAAUGAUAAUAACUUGUUCAAUGAAAAUGUCCAUAAAAAAAAAAAAGGAAAAGAGACAAAAAAUAUUUUUAAUAAAUUUUUUUUUAAUUUAUCAGAAAGUCAAAAUAGUCUUACAAAUUUAUAUCAAAAUUUUUAUUCAAAAAAUAAAAAUAGGUCAUACGAUUCGCAAUUCAUAGAUACUAAAAAAAGAAAUUCAUUACAAAAUAAAUGUUUCAUAUUUACAAAUGUAAAUAAUUUUAAUAUUAAAGAAUAUUAUAAACUGAAACAUAUAUUUUCCAUAUUUCAAAAAUUAAAAAUUGAACAUUUAUAUAUUUUAUUAUAUUUCUCUUUGUCUAUAUUAUCAACAUUAUUUCACAUUUAUUUGACAAGAAUUAUGCUUAAUCGAAAAAACCCUUUUUUUAUAAGUACUUAUUUGUUUUAUUUAUCUAAAAAGGUUAAGAAUAAAAUUUUUAAUAAUUUAUAUAAAUAUAUACAACCUAAUAAAGAUUAUAUGAAUAGGUAUAUGUUUAAAAGUGACGAUAUGCAAGAACAAAAAAAAAAAAUAAUAAAUAAUGAUAUAUUGAUAAAUGAGUAUGUAUCAAAUCAAAUUGGAAAUUCAGUGAAUGAGGGAAAAUUAUAUAUUAAUGUUACAAAAAAUAAUAAUAAUAAUAAUAAUAAUAAUAAGGAUAAGGAUAAUUAUGAUGAUGAUAAUAAUAAUUGUCAUGUACAAGAAAAAGAUAUAACUUAUCAAGAUUUAUCUAUACAUUAUUUAAUUAACAAAUACAAACACAAUAUAGAUAACCAAUUUGUUAAUUUAUAUUAUAAAAAUAAACAUAACACAUCUAAUGAUUCUAUUACAUUGUUCAAUCAUUUAACAUGUGAGAAUUCACUACAAAAUUUAAAUAAAAUAUAUGUGAAUCAUAUUAUUAACAAAUUUUCAAAAGAAAAAGAAAACGAUAUAGACAAUAUGGAUUCAUUUAAUUAUGAUAUAAAAAUGUUACAUACAUUUCAACUUCAAGAUAAUUUAAAAAAAUUGAACUUUCAAAUUCUUAAUACAAAACAUGAAAACUAUAUAUUAGAAGAAUGUAACGGUGUACUAGAAAAUAUAAUAAAUAAAGAAGAAUAUAAUAUCAUAUCUGAAGAGGAUGAAAAAAUAAAAGAUAAAGCAAAUAAAAAUGAAAAAAGACAAUCAUCCAAUCAAUAUAAUCAUAAUGAUGAUACUAUUCCUUACAUACAUAUAACAGAACAUAAAAACGAUAUAAUAAAAGAAAAUAGUAAAAGUAAUGAUGAACCUAUUGAAGGAUGUAAAAAAUAUGAGAAGUCAAAGAAAUCUAUUAAUAUUCCUGAGCAAUAUAUUAAUAAUGAUAAAUUUUAUAAAUUCAUUGAACAUCAUUUAGAAAUGAAAUAUAUUUAUUUGUAUUAUAAAAAUAUCGAAAAAGACAAAUUAUUAAAUUAUGUAGGUUUUGAAAAUCUAAUAAAAAGCUUGAGUAUCAUGUGCAAUGAACAUUUCUUUUCUUUUUAUAUGAAUAAAAUAAAUGUGAAAAAUAUGUAUGAAGAUAAUGAUAAUAUAUUAAAUGAAGCUCAUAAUGUGAAUAAACAUACUAUAAAAACAAAAAUAGAAAAAAAUAAAAAACAUGAAGAAAAAAAUAAUAAACAUGAAGAAAAAAAUAAAAAACAUGAAGAAAAAAAUAAAAAACAUGAAGAAAAAAAUAAAAAACAUGAAGAAAAAAAUAAAAAACAUGAAGAAAAAAAUAAAAAACAUGAAGAAAAAAAUCCCCAUGAGUCGGAUGAUGAAGAAGAAGAAGAAGAAGAUAAUAUUGACACAUUACAUUUAAAUAGUAUAUAUAAAGAACCUACAUUAAUCAAUAAUGAAUAUAUUAAAAAAAAAAUUAAAAGAAAUAAAUUAUAUACAUACAAAUUAUUCAAUAAUCAAAUAGAAACUUUAUUAAACUCAAAAGAAUUAAUGGAGUAUAUAAAAAAACAAAAAGAGAUCAAAAAAAAAAAAAAUAAAAGUGAAUUACAAAAUGAUGAUUUUCUUUAUAUACAAUCACAAAAUGGUAAUAAUGUUAUAAAUAAUAAAGAUCAACAUAUAUAUAAUGAUAUAUUCAAAUUUAUACAAAAUAAAAAUUAUCAUAAUAAAAAUGAUGAUAUCAUACAUACAAAUUGUAGUUCAUAUGAAAAUAGUGAUUCUAGUGAUAAUUUAACAUUAUAUAAUUAUUCUAAAAAUUAUUAUCAUCAAAAUAAUAUAAUUCUAGAUUCUUUUCUUUUUUUUAUAAUUCAUAUAUUUUAUACCUUCUUACAUUUUCAUAAUGUAUAUUUUUCAUCACCCUAUUUGAAUCUAUUCUUAUCCUUUUCUAUUAAGCUAAUUUAUAAAUAUAAAAAUGUAGUGCAAUGUCAAUCAAAUGAUUAUAAUAUUGACAUGUCCCUAGAUCCAUCCGUUUUAUCAUAUGAAAAAAGAGAAAAUGGACCUACCAUAAAUUAUGACUUACCCGAACAAAACAUCCAUUCGUCAAAUAAACCAUGUAACCAAAUUAACCUUUUGAGAAGGAAAAAAAAUAUUCAAAAAACAUGCACACUUUAUAACAAUAGUAAGAAUCAUAUAUAUAAUGCUUGCUCUUCUGAAGAUAUAACAAGUAUUAAUGAAGAGGUAUUUAACGCACCAAAUAUAAUAGAACUUAUUAUAAAAAAACAAAAAUUCAUAAACAAAAAACAAAAGAAGAAUUAUUCGUUUAUAGGAAAUGAUAUAUUUUUAUUUGGAAAAGAUAAAACAAAAGAAUUUUUACCUAACACAUUUGACAUAAUUAUCAACUCUUUUUUCGAUUUAUGUAUAUCUAUAUGUAGUAUGAAUUUUAAAUAUAUAUCUCAAAAAAAACAAAAAUUAAAUAUGUCCUAUUUUUGUAAUAAUAUAAUUUUUUAUCAUCAUAUUAUAAAUAAAUCGUAUAAUGACAAAGCUUUAGAUCUAUUCAAUAGAAAUAAUUAUAAUCAUUCACUUGAAUGCUAUUCUUAUUAUUUUGAUGAAUUAAAAAAUGAUCAAAGUUUUAUUAAUCAUUUUGGAAAAUAUAAAAACACGGAUACUAUUUUUCGACACAACAUAGCUAGCCAAAAAAAAAAAAAAAUAAUCAAUAAUAAAAAUAAAAUCAUAUCCAAUAUUCAUAAGAACAAUAACCAUAUAAAUGACAUGAUAGGAAUGUAUAAAACAAAAGAAUUAUCAAGUAAUAGUUCGAAUAUAUUAAAUGAAAAUAAUUUAAUAAAAAGGAAAUCAAAAGAAAAAAAAAAAGAAAGUAACCACAAAAAUGAAAAUAGUAAUAAUUCAUUUGAUGGUACAUCAAAUUAUUAUAAUGAUGAUAAUAAUUAUAACACUUAUCUUUCCUUUAGUAGUGAUGAAAGCUUAAACUUCUUAAAAUAUAUUAAAAAGAGAACAACAAAUCGAAUAUAUAUAGAUGAAAAUAAUAUAAUAAAUAUGCUUAUUAAUAUUGGAUGUAUUUUUAUGAAUAAUAUAAAAUAUAAUGCGGCUAUUACAUUAAAUCAUAUUUACAAAAUUAAUCAAUAUGAUCUUUUAAGCGAUAGACAAAAAUUCUACCAUUAUAUACAGAAAUCAUUUUAUAAUAAUAAACAUAUGACAUUUCCAUAUAUAUAUAAUCAAUAUUUUAUAUCUUUCUUCUUUUUUUUUAAAAUUCAUUAUCUUUUCUUUUUAAUAAAGUUCAAAUGUGAAAAUGAAAUUUUUCUUAAGGCUUAUUGGUUUCUCCAUGCCGUAUAUAAUAUAACUCAAAAUUGA